CUUCGCCAAAAGGGCCAAAACCAAAACACAGAAAAUAGAACUUCGUCCUCUCUCUCUCUCCUACCCAUGUCCAGGCCACACUAUUAGCGGCUCUGCAGCUCCGCUCCAGUCAUCGAACUUCAUUCGCAGCUCACACAGGUCUUCUUCUCUGGAAUCAAAAUAACAGUGUUGUGUAGUAAAUAAAAGUUUUGAGAACCGGUUCCAAUAGAUGCAAGUACCUAAAAUAAGCUCCCAACGUAUUGCGUGGUGCAACGGUGUUGAGUUAUGUUCAACAACUGCUCUCCACAAAGUUCUUUGCUGCCGAUUGGAAGAUGUGGAAAUGGAUAUCCCAGGGUGAAUGUGAUGUGAGCCUGUUCCGGAUACUGUCCAUUGUAUGUGAACCAGUCUUCAUUACAAAAUGGAUCUUGAUUUGCAUUCCCUGGCCAGCCUACUCCAUUCCUGUAACACCCACCAUUGGAUUCAUCAGGGUAGACAGGUCCACCUCCUCUUUCUCAAAAAGGGUCUCAUAAACUCUGCUCUCACAUUCGGAAACCGCCUUAUACAGAUGUACGUGCGCUGCGGCAGCUUGAGUGACGCAUGGAAAGUGUUCAAGGAUAUGCCUGAGAGAAAUUGUUUCUCUUGGAAUACUAUAAUAGAGGGGUACAUGAAAUCAGGGAACAAGGAGAGGUCACUGCAGUUGUUUGAUUCCAUGCCCCACAAGAAUGAAUACUCAUGGAAUGUCGUGGUUUCAGGGUUUGCAAAAGCUGGUGAGCUACAGAUUGCUCAGAGUUUGUUUAAUGAUAUGCCAAAGAGGAAUGCGGUUGCAUGGAAUUCAAUGAUUCAUUGUUAUGCUCAAAAUGGGUAUGCAAGAGAAGCCAUGAAGCUCUUUAAGGAUUUGAGUUCAGACCCUUCUGAAGUAUUGUAUCGCGAUACGUUUGUUUUGGCAACGGUUAUUGGCGCUUGUAGUGAUUUGGAAGCUCUUGAUUGCGGCAAGCAAAUACAUGCUCGCAUUUUGAUUGAUGAGGUGGAAUGUGAUUCGGUCUUGAGUAGUUCUCUAAUUCAUAUGUAUGGGAAGUGUGGUGAUCCAGAUAGUGCAAAUCAUGCUCUGAAUAUGUUGAAGGAACCGGAUGACUUCUCUCUAUCAGCAUUGAUUUCAGGGUAUGCAAAUUGUGGUAGAAUGAAUGAUGCAAGAAGAAUAUUUGAUAGCAAAAGUGAUCCGUGUGUUGUGUUAUGGAAUUCAAUAAUUUCUGGAUAUGUUUAUAAUAAUGAGGAAAUUGAAGCAUUGAUUUUCUUCAAUCAGAUGCGGAGAAAUGGAGUCCAGGAAGACUCCUCCACACUUGCAAGUGUUUUGAGUGCCAGCAGUAACUUAGGUACCCCUGGACAUGGUAAACAAAUGCAUACUUAUGGCUAUAAAGUUGGGUUAAUGGAUGAUGUCAUAGUUGCUAGUGCUCUAGUUGAUGCAUACUCCAAGUGUGGAAGCCCUUAUGAUGCAUGCAAAUUAUUUAGUGAGCUCAAAUACUGGGACACAAUCUUGCUUAAUUCUAUGAUAACAGUGUAUUCUAAUUGUGGAAAAAUUGAAGAUGCAAAAUGCAUUUUCAAAAUGAUGCCAAACAAAAGCCUGAUAUCAUGGAAUUCAAUGAUAGUAGCUCUUAGUCAAAAUGGGUGUGCAAUUGAAGCAUUAGAUCUACUGUGUGAGAUGAGUAGGUUGAAAUUGAGAAUGGACAAGUUUAGCUUGGCCAGUGCAAUCAGUGCGUGUGCCAGCAUCUCUUCACUUGAACUUGGCGAACAGCUUUUUGCUAGAGCUACUGUCAUCGGGCUUGAGUCUGAUCAGAUCAUUUGUACCUCUCUUGUUGAUCUUUACUGCAAGUGUGGUUUUAUUGACGAUGGGCGAAAACUUUUUGAUGGAAUGAUAAAAUUUGAUGAAAUUUCUUGGAAUGCAAUGUUGAUGGGUUAUGCUACAAAUGGUUAUGGAAUUGAAGCAUUGAAUCUGUUCGCUGAAAUGAGGCAAGUUGGUGUUAGACCUACUGAUAUUACAUUUACAGCAGUUCUAUCUGCUUGUGAUCAUUGUGGACUAGUUGAGGAGGGACAUAAAUGGUUUUAUGCAAUGAAAUCAUACUAUCAUAUUGAUCCAGGGAUUGAACAUUACUCUUGCAUGGUUGAUCUUUUUGCUCGUGCUGGUUGCCUUGAGGAAGCAAUGAAUCUUAUAGAACAUAUGCCUUUUGAGGCUGAUGCAAGCAUGUGGUCAUCAGUGUUGAGAGGCUGUGUGGCUCAUGUGGAUAAGACUCUUGGGAAGAAGGUGGCAGAGAGAAUUAUUAAGCUUGAUCCUGAGAACUCAGGUGCUUAUGUUCAGUUAUCGAGCGUAUUUGCCAACUCUGGAGACUGGGAAAGAUCAGCACAAAUUAGAAAUUUGAUGAGAGACAAGCAAAUACAAAAGAAUCCUGGUUGCAGUUGGGCUGAUUGUUGAACAAGAAACUUUAAUGGCAGCAUAACCCUCGAAUCAAGGGACACAUGGUUUCAUAGGAGAGAAAAUGUGCUACUCUUGGAGUGUGUCUUGCUUUAAUCUUGCUUUAAGCAACUUGGUCACCAGUAGGCUCGAAGAGGUGAUUUCUUUCUAAUAUAGGCAUAAGUUGAUUGUGACAUCUAUACAAUAUAUUAUGGAGGAUUAGCAAUUGAUUUGCUAAGCUCUUGUGGUGCCACGUCACUACUAAUAAUAUUUGUUUUUGAUGACGUGGAACCUCACCAAGGCAGGGCCCUUUGGACCCAUCCUUGGGGAGUAAACCAUAGAUACACAACUCCACCUACUAGAACUGUGUAUCACUCUAGGGGAACUCCUAGUGGGGGUCAAACUCAGGAUGUCUUGGUCUACAGUUCAUCCCAAGCCUCAAAUCACUAGCAAAUAAAAUUUUGCCUUCCUCAAUUUGUGGUUAUUCCAUUCCCCAGCUUACCAUUGCAACCUUUCCUCUCCCUUUUUUGACUCUUCCCCUUCCUCAUCAUUGCUCACCCUACCAUUACUCUUGCUCUAACCCCUCCUCUUCCAUCUUCUUUUUCAUAAGGCUAUUACUCCCUCUGCACCUCUCCUUCCCGUUCAAAAAGGUUAGAAUCCAAGGAUUUGGUACAGAAUUCAUUUGUCUUAUCCUAUGAAGGCAGAGAUAUAUUAAGUGGAGGCAAUUAGAAAGGCGAGGAAACUGUUAAGACACAAAAUAGAUGGCGACACUGACUAACCAAAUUCAAGAAAAGAACAAAAACUUUGUUAGAAACUUGACUUUCAUAGAAAUCAUUCUGACCAGACCCACAAACUUUAUGAGAAAUCAUGUCUUGAGAAGAACAUACCCAAAAAUGGAAUUAUCGGGUUGAAUAAAUUUGUUAAUGUAAACUUCGACAAAGUGCUCUUCCAUGUAUUUUAGGCACUUCAUUAUAUGCAUUACUCA